AUGUAUAUGCGCUCCGAUUUUGCAGCUCUACGUGUGAGAAAAGAUGUGAACGAGUUGUCCAAGGCUAAGUUCACUUGCAGUCAAGCGACGACCCGCGUGGAUUUUCCCGAUGGUGCAAACAAUAUGCUGCAGAUAUUUUUUACAAUCGCGAUUGCCGACGUAUCGGGUCCAUUUGCCAACGGAGACUUUACCUUCUUUGUGGAGAUCCCCAAGACGUAUCCCUUUCAUGCUCCCAGUGUGACGUGUCUAACGAGGGUAUGGCAUCCCAAUAUUGACAUGGCAACAGGCAAGGUCAUGAUGCCAAUACUUGGUAAAGACUGGCGUCCUGUACUUAGCAUCAACACCGUCUUGCUUGGGUUACAGUUAAUUUUUCUUGAGCCCGGCACUGAAUACGUCCUUAACGCUGGUGCAGCCGAGCAGCUGCAUGAACAUCCGGACCAGUUCAAAAGGGAGGUGCAGCAAAUUCUUUGUGGGGGAAAGUUUUACGGUGUUGAUUUUCCACCUCAUCCGCGGCAGAUUGAAAAGCAGCGGCAAGGUUGGGGAUUGCGGGUCAAACGCCCACGCGAUGAUGACUUCCAUAUAAGUAACGAAUGGGACGGUAUGGCAAGCCCCAAUGCGAGUGACAGCAUUAGUAUUGAGGCUCCAGAGCUCAUGGAUUGCAGUGGCUUGUCGGCUUGGAAACGGCCGCGAAUUGAUUAA